AUGGGAUCUUCUCGCGAGGAGGCUCAGAAGCCUUGUUCGGGGGUCCAGACCCUGCUGAAGAGGGUCAAGGCCCUCGUUAUCAAAGCCCCGCCUCCGCCCCCGCCCGCCUCCCGGAACCCAGGCUGUACUCACGUGUAUGGGUACGUGUUCGGGCACGUGCCCGAAAACAACCUCGAGCACCUGCCAUCCCAGCAGGUUCUAGACACAGGAGAGCAGUUGAUGGUUCCCGUGGAGGUCUUGGAAGUGGGCAACGAAGGGGCCUUGUGGAAGUUUCUGCUCUCGGGAGCCAUGGCCGGGGCGGUGUCCCGCACGGGCACCGCCCCGCUGGACCGCGCCAAGGUGUACAUGCAGGUCUACUCCUCCAAGACUAAUUUCAUGAACCUGCUGGGGGGGCUCCGGAGCAUGGUCCAGGAGGGGGGCGUCCACUCCCUGUGGCGUGGCAACGGGAUCAACGUCCUCAAGAUAGCCCCCGAGUACGCCAUCAAGUUCUCCGUGUUUGAACAGUGUAAGCAUUACCUCUGCGGAGUACACGGGUCCCCGCCCUUUCGGGAGCGUCUCCUUGCCGGCUCCCUGGCUGCAGCCGCCUCCCAGACGCUCAUCAACCCCAUGGAGGUGCUGAAGACACGGCUGACCCUGCGCCGGACAGGACAGUACAAGGGGCUGCUGGACUGCGCCAGGCAGAUCUUGGAGCAGGAGGGCACCCGCGCCCUUUACCGGGGCUAUUUGCCCAACAUGCUGGGCAUUGUCCCCUAUGCCUGCACCGACCUGGCCGUCUACGAGAUGCUCCAGUGCCUCUGGCUCAAGUCAGGCAGGGACAUGGAGGACCCCAGAGGCUUGGUCAGUCUGUCGUCUGUGACACUGUCCACGACCUGCGGCCAGAUGGCCAGUUACCCGCUGACUCUGGUGCGCACCAGGAUGCAGGCCCAAGACACCGUGGAGGGCUCGAACCCCACCAUGCGAGGAGUCUUUCGGGGGAUCCUAGCCCAGCAGGGCUGGCUGGGGCUAUACCGAGGCAUGACCCCCACAUUACUGAAGGUGUUGCCAGCAGGUGGCAUCAGCUACGUGGUGUAUGAGGGCAUGAAGAAAACCCUGGGCGUAUAGCCUGUGAGCUGCAUGACACUUCCUGGGCAGAAAUGGGACAGAAGGACCCUUUCCCUCCAUGGCCUCAAAGAGCCCUCCAGGC